ACGCUGGAUGAAACGAUUUGGGCCACCGUCAGGCGCGAUUGCGCCGUGGUGCGGCGAAACUGCGCGGCGGUGCUGCUGCCGAUGAACUGGGGGGCGAACGGCGCGACGCGGCUGCGAGAGUGGGACCUGUGGGGACCGCUGGCGUUCGUGCUGACGCUGAGCGCGACGCUGAGCGGCGGCGCGGCGAACGCGAGCGAGACGUUCAGCGUCGUCUUCGCGACGGUCGGGCUCGGCGCGGUGGCGCUGACGGCGAACGUGCUGUUGCUGGGCGGGAAGAUCAUAUUCUUGCAGAGCGUGGCGCUGUUGGGGUACUGCGUGGUGCCGCUGUGCCUGGCGAGCGCGCUGUGCCUGGCGAGCGAGAAUAAGGUGUACAGAUUCAUCGUCGUCGCGGCGGCGGUGACGUGGAGCAGUAAAGCGAGCGUGCCGUUCGUGAGCGCGGCGAUGCCGGCGUCGAGAAGGGCGCUGGCGGUGUAUCCGGUGAUGUUGAUGUACGUGUUUCUGGGGUGGUUGUGCGUGGCC